AUGACUACCUUCUCGAAUAUCGAUACCGCUGCGAUUCCCAACCAGGGUGCCCACAAGGUUACCGGGGAAGACCCAAUUAUGCACAGUGGCCAUAAACUCGGUCUCAAGGUGAAUGAGGCUGACGAACGCGACGAAUACCACAUGAAGGCAUUCCCUAGCGGUACAGCCCCAGCAAGCAACUCCUACACCCCAGACCCUGUCCCCGAAGUCAGUGGCCUAGUCAACAAUCCCAACGAGGACGCGGAAGAAGGCACGUUCACAUCGGCUGGGGAUUCAUUGAUGGGAUCCACCUCGGGUGAUGUGAACCGUGGCCUAGGCAGACCGAUGCAGGGCCAGACAAACAUCGAGGUCAACCAUGACGGCCAGCACGGUCGCAAGAAGGACGAAACCCGCCUGGAAGGCGUUGGCGCCGAGGUACAAGAUCGUCGUAUUAAGCGACGAUUUGCGGACCAGCGCGGCCUCGACCGAGAAUAA